AUGGCUCAUGAGAAGAUGUUUGCAGCGAUUCCCAUGUCUAAGAGCAUGAGAGACAUGUGCAGAGAGGAAGACUAUGCUUUUUUAAAAGGUCAGAAAAGUGGGCCAGCAGCCAAGACUCCAGAGAGCACAGUUUAUGAGGAGUGGCAGGAGUGUAAAGAGGAAAGGCUCCGUCGAAGGCUGGAGAGAGAGCAGCAGGAACAGGAGAGGCAAUGUGAGCUGGAGAAGCAAAGGAGGGAGAAGGAAGAGAAGUGGAUGAGUCAUGUGGCAGAACUAGCAUCUGUGCGUGAGUCUCUGAACCACAGAUUACAGAGGCUACGUGAAUUUAGGAAUUUUCAAAAGGGAGUGUUGAUGCAAGAUUUGAACCUGGAUCCAGAAACAUCAAAUGAGAAACUCACACAUCUCCUAAUGAGACUGUAA